AUGCUACGUCACAGCCACAGCGCAAACAAACAGCGAGCGCGGCAUCGGCAAAACCUCGCUGCCGAACUCGAUUCUGAUCUUUGCCUGCUCUCCAACCCUCGUGUCCGUCGACCUGCUCAGCGCUCCUCUGCCCUCGUUCGAUCGGUCGGCUGGCCUCGGGAUCUGGACCUGGAUCUGCCCAUCAUGGCGUCGCAGCAGGUGCUCUUUGCCGAGACCAUCGCCGGCAUGAAAAAGGCCUUCAAGCGGAGGGCCUAUGAGUCUGACUCCGACUCGGAGAUCGAAAGCUUCACGAACCGAGGCAACAAACUCAAAAAGAGGGCGCGUUUCGCACACAAGGGGCAAUUGAUGCCCUCGGCAGGGCCUGGAGCCUACAAGGAGUCUGUCGAGUACGCCGGUGUACGAAGGUCCAUUAUCCAUCGCAAUCCCCCCUUGGUCGACGAGGACGGCUACGAAUUCGACAGCGACGACGAUGAAUCCCGCGUCGAGGAGGCCAUACUGUCAGCCGCGGAGCUGAAUCCAUAUGCAAACAUCCGCUUAGAACGUACGUCUGCCGUGCAACCCGCCUGGGCAGGGCUCGCGCUGACCUUGACAGACAUCCUCGCGCCCCUCACUGCUUCAACCGACCUCCCAACCCAUCCCGUCCUCUCCAAGCCCUUCACCUCCAAUACCCUCACAGAGCUAGUCAAGCAGAGUUCUGGCAUAAUGCAAAAGGAAAACCGAUCGCUAUGGCAGGUUCGGCAUUUAUGGACCUCGCUCUGCGGCGAUUCCACUUGGGUACCGUGUUCAACCAUGGUCGGCACCAACGACAUCGAAUUUUAUACUCAAGAUAACGAGGCGCACCAGCCUCAGGAUCUCUCCAAGGCGGGCGAUGAUGUAUCUUCACCAUCCAAGGUGAAUGGCGAGAAGAAGCCUGAUGGGCCCGCGGCUCACGCUGCUACUGCAAAUGAGUCGGGAAAUUCUGGCGCGCACGGUACCGCUGCUUCGGCAGAUGCCGACGUGCCCAUGCGCGACGCCGAAUCACCCGGGAAGAGGAAAACGCCCCCCAAGGAGGAUGAAGCAAUGGACACAGACGACGGAGCUUCCAGAGAGCAGCCUAACGAAGCAGAGGACGCGAAAAAAGACAACGGCAAAAGCAUACUUAAUGGCGACUCAGGGAGAAAUACAAACGGCCGAGAACCAUCGGCCGAGAAUACAAGUCAAGGUCGCAAAAAGGGAAGCCGUCUACCUAGCGAAGACGUCCAAAUGCAGGACAGUGUCGAACAGACGAACAAGACUUCCCAAGAGAAGUCGGAAACCAAGAAGGACGGGGAGGCUUCAUACAUCCACCCAAUGUUCUUACCUCCCACAAAUGCUUCGCUCGAUAGAAACCUUGGCUUACCGGACAACGAAGCCGAAGACAUCAGGCGUCUCCUAGCCCUGUACGUGCAAAAGCAGGAGGAGGUCUGUCGAGGGGCAGCGAGAUUGCACCUGGGCCUUCUGAGAGCACAAAGGCUCCGCAAAGAUGUGCUGGACUGGUCAAAGGCAGAGGCACACUGCGGGCCGAAUCGAGACAUGUCAGAUGGCGAAGACUGGUACGACAAGGAAGAAUGGGGCCUGACAGAGGACCUCAAGAAGGGCCAGGACGAAGAAGAGGAAGACACUGCAACGGCAGGGAAGAAGACUCGAAAUAGGCGGUAA